AUGGAGCGGUUCGACGUCGCAGUCGUUGGCCUUGGUGCCCUUGGGAGUGGAGCAGCAUACCAGGCCGCAGUCAAAGAAGCCCGAGUCAUUGGCUUCGAGCAAUUCGAGCUCGGACUUAGGAUGCUGAACAUCACCGGCGGCGUUGUCUUCCUUCCAAGAAAUGGUCCCACCCCUUCCAGCGAUUUCACAAAGAGUCUAGACGCCAAUGGAGUUCCUUACGAGCAUCUUGAUUCGAGAGAAGUAACAAGCGCUGGCCUGGGUAUUGCUCACGCCCCAAAGUCUGUCACCACCAUGCAGUACCAGGCACGUGCCAAUGAUGCCGUUCUCAGAGAGAGUACCCGUGUGGAUCGUAUCAUCCCAGAUGGCAAUGGUGGGGUUAUCGGUAAUGGUCACGCCUUCAAGUUCACCCCUGCCAUCGAUCGAGUGGUCGUUGAACUCGCCAUGGACGGGAAGACGAGUGACAAUAUCUCCAAAUUCCCUAUUAAAAGCGCCCUUGCUGUCAGCAAGCUGUAA